AUGUUCACGAACUCUGGCGCCGCGGAAGUCCCGAGUGUCCGAAACGUACCGCCGCACCGCCCUGGCGUCGCUCCCUCCGAGCCAGGGCGCAGGGGCCUCCGAAGAAGGCGGUGCUGCCACCCGCGCUCUGCAGACACAGUCAGGGUAACUUUUCGGACGGCGCUGGCGCCGGGACGCGAGGGCAGACACUGCGAGGCGGCGCGGCGGACGCACGGGCGGCGUCUCCUCCCACACCUCACGCCGCGGGCGCACAGCGGUCCCGGCCCGGCGGCGGCGGCGGCGGCGGCGGCGGCGGCGGGCUUGCGCCCUCGGGGCCGUGCUGCGUCGGCGCGGGCCGCGCGUGCGCGGCGACCAGCUGAGGCGCGCGACGCCGCCAAGGCGCGCGCCCGGCCGCGUCCCCGAGCCGAGCUUCCGCCUCUCCGGAGGACCGGGCAUGCGCUUGGCGGCCCGCGCAUGCCCAGAACGCCACGGCUCCCGGCUCCCGAGACCGCGCAGGACAACGGCGCCGGGCUUUCGGGGACUGCGCGCGGGCGUGGCGGCCGGUCCCGGGAAGCCUCCGCGCGGGGCGGCCCACCGGCGGCACUCUGGGCGGGCGGGGUCGGGCCCACCUCGGGGAAACCCUCCCCCCCGCCCUGCCCCCACAGCCCGGAUACGGCCCCUUGGCGGGGCUUCCCUCGCCUGCCGCCCUGCAGCCCGGCCCCAGGGCCCGAACCCGCGCGGUCGCGCCCCGCUGUGGGCCGGGGCCUGGCCCGAGUCCUCGCGGGGGUCCUCGCCAGGCUUCCUGCCCACCCCGAGGAGUGAGGCGCCCCGGGCACCACCCCCCCGCGCACAGGGAAAGCGAGGCUCGGGGGUGCUUGGGGACAGCGGCCCCAACGCCGGGCCGCGCUUAGAUCGGCCUGGAAGACGGCCGGAAGCGGGCUGUGGGGGACGGCCGGAGGGGGCCGCUGGUCGG